ACCCUCGGUCCGCAACGCCCCCGCCUCCGCCUCCGCCCCCGCCCCGCCGCGCCGCCGCGAGGCAGGAUGGCUUCGGCGCCGGCGCUGCUGGACGAUCUCACCGAGGAGAUCUUCCUCCGCAUCCACCCUGCUGACGCCGCGACCCUCGUCCGCGCCGCCCUCGUCUGCAGGCGCUGGUGCCGCCUCAUCGCGGCCCCCGGCUUCCGCCGCAGGUUCCGCGAGUUCCACCGCGCGCCCCACAUGCUCGGCUUCUCCUGCAACAUCGACUCGGGCAGCUUCUAUAGCCUGCCCUCUACCGUCGCCCGCUUCGUCCGCACCUGCUCCUGCCUGAAGCGCGUCGACAUGGAAAGCUCGCGCGUGAUCGACACACGCCACGGCCGCGUCCUCCUCGUCUGGGAGUCGGACCGGGGGAACAAGUACUUGUUCGUCUGGGACCCCAUCGGGAAGGAGGAACAUAAAUUGCCCUGGAUUUUCUGGUACCCGGACAGCUGGAACGCGGCCGUGUUCUGCACCGCUGCCGGCUGCGACCACCUGGACUGCCACGGCAAACCCUUCGCCGUGUUCUUCGUGGCCACAAGCCACACAGGGAUUUUCAACUUCGUCUACUCAUCGGAGACUGGUUCGUGGAGUGACGCAUCAGAUCCUUUUGCUCAACAAACCGAUGACGCUUUGGUGUUGGAGCCCAGCGCCCUUGUGGGGAAUGAACUCUACUUCCUGCUUCAGACAAAGACCCAAAUCCUGAAGUGCAACAUUAGCACAAGGGAAAUGCAUAUGAUUCACCUACCACCAUCUGCUUGCUUCUCAGAGCGGCGCAUCGUGCUCAUGGCUACGGACGACAGGCGACUGGGGUUCGCCACCGUGUCUGGUUCUAAUCUCUGCCUGUGGUCGAGAGAGGUUGCUUCUGACAAAGAUGCAGGAUGGGCACAGAAGAGAGCCAUUGACCUGAAAACACUGCUCCCUGAUGGUGCCCUCGUAAUGCCACCUGAUGUUGCUGGCUUCGCGGAGGGCAUUGGUUUCAUUUUUAUGGAAACAAAUUAUGGACACUUCAGAAUUGAUCUAAAGUCUAGCUAUGUGAAGAAGCUCCGCACUGUCAAUGGUGUUUCCAUCAUUUUCCCCUACAUGAGCUUCCACACCCCAGUUAGAAUUUUGAAGCAAAUAAUCAUUGAGGAGAAAUUUGUUCCCAACAAGCUGAUGUCAUGUUCAAAAUUUCUGUAUUCCUGCAGCGCUGGGAGCAGCAGCAGCCUCUACAGGAGCCAGGUUGGUCUGAUCAGACAUACAUACAGUUCAGAUAUUGUUGGAUCAUAUUCUGUCCCUAAUGCCCAGGUAUUAUUUUGAGAUAGUGCAGUGGACAUGCGAAGUGUUUGGCAAGCAGGUAGUUGACACUGUGAAAAGCACACCAUUGUGAGUGAAAUGUUAAAUGCUGGUUGGCAAUGUCCGAUGUUCUGUUGGUGUGGGGGAAUACCCAUGUCAAUAUGGAAUGGAACAAAAUCUCAGUGGAACCUUCAGUCCCUGCAACUGAAAUCUUGAAGCUGAGGCAGUAGCAGAGAAGAAGAGUUUAUGCUGUUAACUUCACCAAUUGCAUCAUGCCAGUAACUAACCUGCUACUUGAAAAAAAAAACAAUUUGAACGUGGCUGAGGCAGCAGUGGAGAAAGUUCUGAAGCAUGAGGAAGAAAGAAUUGAUCAUCUGUUCCCAGGCGUGCUUUUCUGAUUCUCAUUGAUUAGAUUCAGUUAUUUCUUUCCUCGAGCAGAUGGUUGAUUGGUCA